UCAUCUCCCGGCUGCCUGACUUCCUCCCAGCAUAUACAUUCCUGCACUUGCCUGUCCACACGUUGCCCUGCAGACCAAGUUCCAGGAGCCCACUGCCUUUCUGUAGGCCCCUGGGGGCUGGGCCUUGCCAUAGCACCAACAGGCAUCCCUGGAUUGGGAGCAGAGGGCUCCCUACAGGACACCCAGCCCUGAGACCUCAGAAAGCCACCCCUCGAGGGUGGCCAGGCCCCCGACGUCCCACUCGAGUGUCACCUUUGCCCCCAACCUUGCUGGCCUCUGGCCCCACCGGCCCCCCAGAUGCCCGGCUGAGACACAGCAGUGGCCCAGGAUGCCCAUGCCUCCUCCUGGUCCCUGAGGUUGACACUGCAGUGGACGACUCCUUGGGCACUGGGCAACUAACAGACGCAGCCACCAGCCCGAGCAGCAGCGGCAUGGGCAGCGCCAGCCCGGGCCUGAGCAGCAUGCCCGCUGGCCGCCUCCUGCUGCCCACCGACGCGGUAUUGCGGACAGGACUGGAGAAGGCAGCCAUGGGAGUGGUGGGGCCUGAGAGACGAGACUGGAGCCCCAGUCCACCUGCCACACCCGAGCAGGGCCUAUCUGCCUUCUACCUCUCCUACUUUGACAUGCUGUGCCCUGAAGACAGCAGCUGGGUGGCCAAGGGUCCCGGGGCCAGCGUUCGGGAGCAGCCACUCGAGGAGCCUGAGCAGUGCCCGGUCAUCGACAGCCAGGCGCCAGGGGGCAGCCUGGACUUGGCGCCAGGCGGGCUGACCCUGGAGGAGCAUUCGCUGGAGCAGGUGCAGUCCAUGGUGGUGGGCGAGGUACUCAAGGACAUCGAGACGGCCUGCAAACUGCUUAACAUCACCGCAGACCCUGUGGACUGGAGCCCUGGCAACGUGCAAAAGUGGCUCCUGUGGACGGAACACCAGUACCGGCUGCCCCCCGUGGGUAAGGCCUUCCAGGAGCUGGGGGGCAAGGAGCUGUGCGCCAUGUCUGAGGAGCAAUUCCGCCAGCGCUCACCCCUGGGUGGGGAUGUGCUUCAUGCCCAUCUGGACAUCUGGAAGUCAGCAGCCUGGAUGAAAGAGAAGACCUCACCUGGGAUGAUUCACUACUGUGCCUCAACCAGUGAAGAGAACUGGACUGACAGUGAGGUGGACUCCUCCUGCCCUGGGCAGCCCAUACACCUGUGGCAGUUCCUCAAAGAGCUGCUGCUCAAGCCCCACAGCUAUGGCCGCUUCAUCAGGUGGCUCAACAAGGAGAAGGGCAUCUUUAAAAUCGAGGACUCGGCCCAGGUGGCCCGGCUAUGGGGCAUCCGCAAGAACCGUCCUGCCAUGAACUACGACAAGCUGAGCCGCUCCAUCCGCCAGUAUUACAAGAAGGGCAUCAUCCGGAAGCCUGAUAUCUCCCAGCGUCUGGUCUACCAGUUUGUGCACCCCAUCUGAGGGCUGUGGGUGGGCCUAGGGCCUCCCUGGAAACCUGCCCAUGCCAGGCCUUCCUCCUGCCUGCCCUGCCUUGGCAAGACCCAGA